GACGUUGACGUUUAUAUGAAUUAAGCAUUUUCAGUUUUCAGUGGUACUCCAUUUACUUUUGUUUUGUUUUGAAUUGUUUCAAUCAUUACUUAGUGUAUUAAGACACCAAAAAUGGAUACUAAUGAAAUGCUCGAUGAUAAGGAUAGCGGACCUGAGGUUCAGAUGAACUUUCCCAGUUCAGUAAUGAAUCGAAUUGAGGAAUUGAUGGGAGGAACUGAACAAUUUGAUAGUGACGAAUUUGACGUAGUAGCGUACAUAAACCGAGUAUUUCCGACUGAACAAUCUCUAUCUGGCGUGGAGACAGCCGCUGCGCGCUGUGAGUUCCGUCUUGCAUCUGUACAGCAUGACAUCCAGCGGUUAGUUCGGGAGCAGGCUGCACAGCGGGAUGCUGGUCAGCAAGCUCUGCUUGAAGCUCAAAGAUGUAUUGGUGAAUUAUCAUUACAGGUGACAGAAAUCAAUAAAAAAGCAGAGCGCAGUGAGAGUAUGGUCCGUGAGAUAACUGCAGAGAUUAAGCAGCUGGACUGCGCCAAAUGGAAUCUUACAGCUGCUAUUACAGCUCUCAAUCAUCUUCAUAUGUUGGCUGGAGGAGCGGCGACAUUGCGUGGCUUGGCACAAAGACGUCAGUAUAAGGAGUUGGUGUUGCCACUACAAGCUAUUAUGGAGGUGCUCCAACAUUUCGAAUCUUAUAAAGACAUCCGUGAGUUAAAUGCAUUACGUGAUGAGGUUCAUACAAUUCGUGCACAGUUGGCUACACAAAUACUUGCAGAUUUUAAAGAUGCCUUUACAGGUAGCAAAAGUGGUGUUUCCCAACGGACUCUAGCAGAAGCUUGUGGUGUGGUUGAUGCACUGGAUCCUAAGGUCAAAAAAGAACUACUUAACUGGUUCAUUUCUAUGCAACUACAGGAGUACCAGCACUUAUUCUCUCCGGAGCAGGAAUGUGCCUGGCUGUCACACAUCGAGCGUCGGUACGCAUGGCUCAAGAAGCACCUUCUCAGUUUCGAGGAAUCGCUUGGAGCUGUCUUCCCUCAUCCCUGGCUGCUUAGUGAGAGAAUUGCAAAACAGUUCUGUAAGAUAACGCGAUCAGAACUAACGAAUAUAAUGUCAUCUAGACGUAAUGAAGUCGAUGUUAAGUUACUACUUUAUGCGAUACAAAAGACUUAUAAUUUUGAAGUGUUGCUGCAUAAACGAUUUGUUGGCACAGAUUUUACAGGUACAGAAAAUAUAGAAACUAGUUCAGAUAAACAAGCGCCCUUUGAAGAUGACAAUAAAGAGGGUCAAACAGAAGAAGUGGCUGCCAGUGGGUCUCCAUGGGUGGGCUUGAUCGGCGGCUGCUUCGAGCCGUACCUCUCACUGUAUAUUACCAGCCUGGAUACAAGUCUGCGUUCCUUGAUGGACACAUUUAUACAGGACGCAAAGUCAUCGGACACUGGCAACACCGGUGGUGUGAACAGCAGUGGCGCUGUGAUCGCGAGCUGCGCCGAUCUGUUCCUGUUCUACAAGAAGUGUUUGGUUCAGUGCGCUCGGCUCACCACUGGAGAACCAAUGCUGGAACUGGCGGGUGUAUUCCAAAAGUACCUUCGUGAGUACGCGAGCAGCGUGCUGCAGGCGGCGCUGCCCCGAGCUGCGCCCGCGCUCUCGCUGGGCGCUCUCGGCGCUGCCAACAUGCCCAGCCUCGUCACCAACUUACACACGCUGCUCAGAGACGAGACCACCACCAGGUACACGAAACAAGAAAUAUCGAAGAUAACAAGUGUAAUCACCACAUCGGAGUACUGUCUAGAAACAACAGUACAUCUGCAACAGAAACUUAAAGAGAAAGUGGCUCCGUCUCUCUCGGACAAAAUAGAUCUCGUUCCGGAACAAGAUUUGUUCCAUAAAAUGAUAAGUAAUUGUAUACAACUAUUAGUACAAGAUUUGGAGUUAGCAUGUGAACCUGCAUUGCAAUCUAUGACUAAAAUAUCAUGGUUAAAUUUCGAUAAUGUAGGUGACCAAAGUUCCUAUGUCACACAAAUUAUCAUGCAUUUAAAAAAUACGAUACCAAAUUUGAGAGAUAAUUUAGCUUCAUCCCGAAAAUAUUUCACACAAUUCUGUAUUAGAUUUGCUAAUUCAUUUAUACCUAAAUUCAUACAAAAUGUCUACAAGUGUAAACCUAUAUCAACAGUUGGUUCCGAACAGUUAUUACUUGAUACUCAUAUGUUGAAAACGGCAUUACUAGAAUUACCUUCUAUAGGUUCUGAUGUUAAAAGACAAGCACCAGCGACUUAUACAAAAGUGGUCAUCAAACUAAUGACUAAAGCGGAGAUGAUUUUAAAACUAGUUAUGGCACCUUUAGAUGGAAAUCUCGAAGGUUUUGUUGCUCAGUUCGUUCAACUUCUACCUGAAAGUACUUUAGCAGAAUUCCAUAAAGUUUUAGAUAUGAAAGGUGCGAAGCUAUCUAAGACGCAAAUGAGUUCAUUAGAUGCUAAAUUUAAAGAUCUCACAAAAUCUAUUAAUAAUGAAGGCAAUAAAUAGUGUUAAAUAGAUUUAUAAAAAAA